AGAAACAUGCACUGUGCCAUCCAAAAGGCAGAAGCGCUGGAUGGGGCUCAGUUGAUGCGAAUCCUCUGGCAAGAUGGUGUAGAGUCUGUCUACCCCGCUGUGUGGCUGAGGGACAACUGUCAGUGUCCUGACUGCUACCUGGAUUCUGCAAAAGCACGGAAACUUCUCAUCGAAGCUCUUGAUGUGAACAUCGGUAUCAAAGGCUUGACGUUUGACAGGAAAAAGGUUCAUAUCACGUGGCCAAACGACCACUACAGUGAAUAUGAAGCUGACUGGCUGAAGAAAAGAUGCUUUUCACUGCAGGCCAGAGAAAAGCUCCAGAGAGAAUUGUUUUUGCCAGAAUGUCAGUACUGGGGCUCAGAGUUCCAGCUACCUACUCUGGAUUUUGAAGAUGUUUUAAAAGAUGAUGAGCAUGCAUACAGGUGGCUCUCCAGGCUCAAGAAAGUCGGCAUAGUGCGACUCACGGGAGCAUCUGACAAACGAGGAGAAGUUUUAAAACUUGGGAAAAGGAUUGGUUUCCUUUAUCUCACAUUUUAUGGACACACUUGGCAAGUGCAAGACAAAAUCGACGCAAACAAUGUGGCUUACACAACUGGGAAGCUAAGUUUUCACACUGAUUAUCCAGCCCUCCAUCAUCCACCUGGGGUUCAGCUUCUGCACUGCAUAAAGCAAACAGUCACUGGGGGUGAUUCAGAAAUUGUAGAUGGAUUUAACGUAUGCCAAAAGCUCAAGGAAAAAAAUCCUUGGGCAUUCCAGAUUCUGUCCUCCACCUUUGUGGACUUUACAGACAUUGGAGUGGAUUACUGCGAUUUCUCCGUACAAUCCAAACACAAAAUUAUAGAAUUAGACGAUAAAGGCCAAGUGGCUCGCAUCAACUUCAAUAAUGCAACUAGAGACACAAUAUUUGACGUACCUGUUGAAAGAGUUCAGCCUUUUUAUGCUGCUCUGAAGGAGUUUGUUGACCUCAUGAAUUGUAAAGAAUUCAAGUUUACUUUCAAGAUGAACCCAGGUGAUGUGAUUACCUUUGAUAACUGGCGCUUACUUCAUGGCCGACGGAGCUAUGAAGCAGGAACUGAGAUAUCCCGCCAUCUAGAAGGAGCUUAUGCCGACUGGGAUGUGGUCAUGUCAAGGCUUCGUAUCUUAAGGCAGAGUGUCCGGAAUAGAAACUGA